AUGGUAGCAGCGAAAAUGGAAACUCUGUGCCUGUUGGGAUGUGGAAACCUGGGAUCAGCUAUCUUGAACAGUUUGCUGGAAACGUCAGACAGUGACCCCUUGUUCAGUCGAUUCAUCGCCUGUGUCCGCAGCGAAGCCUCGGCGCAAAGGCUUACAGAGAAAUACCCCCAGCACCAGAAUCGACUCUCCAUUUCUCGUGGCGACAAUGUUCGAGCCGUGCACGAGUCCGACGUGAUUAUCCUGGGCGUGGACCCGGCCGAUAUCGAGAGUGUGUUGAAGCAGACAGGCCUACCGGAGGUGUUGGAGGGCAAGCUCUUGAUCAGCAUCGCAGCUGGAUGGACCAGACAAAAGCUCGAAGAAACCAUCUAUGGAAGUGAGACCACCAAUGCCAACAAAUCUGGCCGGGCAUGGGUUGUACGCACUCUCCCCAAUAUAGCGGCUCAGGUCUCACAGUCCCUGACGGCCAUCGAAGUCUCUGAACCCUCUCCACCAGAAUCAUACUUGAAGAUCACGACAGCAAUUUUCGAGCGCAUUGGGCGCGCCGUGGAAAUUGAGCCACGACUUAUGAAUGCGACCACUGCCGUAGGAGGAUCUACACCGGCCUUCUUCGCUGUCAUUUGCGAUGCGCUAAUUGAUGCGGCUGUGGCGGUUGGCAUGCCUCGGAAUUUGGCCCAUACCAUGAUCUUCCAGUCUAUGCAAGGAACGGCCACGAUGCUCCAGAGUGGAAUGCACCCGGCUAUACUCAGGGAUCAAGGCACAUCUCCGGAAGGAUGUACAAUUGGCGGAUUGAUGGUGAUGGAGGAGGCAGGUGUUCGGGGUCAUAUUGGACGUGCCCUUCGUGAAGCGGUGACUUUGGCUCGACUUAUGGAGACCACGGAGCAUGUGAAUGACACUCGGCAUUAA